UGUUCUUGAAGCUGAAAAGACAUUAGUACUUGCAGAAAAAGGUGGUCAAGAUGAUGAGGAUAAUGAGGUAGAACUAUUAGUUGCAGGAAAGAAAUUUCGUAUCCUUGCAACCAUGAACCCAGGAGGUGACUUUGGGAAAAAGGAGCUUUCUCCUGCAUUGCGCAACAGGUUUACAGAAAUAUGGUGUCCACAAAGCAAUGGCCGUGAUGAUUUGAUACAGAUUGUAAAACACAAUCUUCAUCCAGGAUUGUCUCUGGGUGGAAUAAACCAUCACAGUGCAGACAUAGCAGAGCUCAUGAUGGACUUUGUUGAAUGGCUGACUAAUCAAGAGUUUGGUCGCCAGUGUAUUCUCAGUGUGCGAGAUGUCUUGUCAUGGGUUAAUUUUAUGAAUGUCAUGGUAGAGGAUGAAAAGUCGAAUUCUGCCAAGGAAUAUAGCCUUCUUUACAUUUCUCCAAUGAUGUCUUUUAUCCAUGCUGCAUGUUUGGUAUACAUUGAUGGAAUAGGAUCAGGUACAACAUCCUGCUCAGCUGAUACGGCUUUAUUAGCUCGUGAGAAAUGCCUGACAUUCUUAUGUGAGAAAAUGAGUCCAUUCCUUGAGCUGACUGAUUAUCAGAAGAAUGAACUAAAGAUUUAUGACAGAACAAAGGAGAAGGAGUUUGUGUGGCUGGACAACUUUAUGGGAAUCCACCCCUUUUUUAUUCCAAGAGGCCCUGUUCUCCAGAGGAACAGCAUUACAGAUUAUGCUCUAAAUGCCGGGACUACAGCAGUGAAUGCACAAAGACUGUUAAGAGCCCUACAGCUUAACAAACCUAUUUUGUUGGAGGGGUCACCAGGAGUGGGCAAGACCAGUCUAGUUGCUGCCCUAGCAAAAGCCUCGGGAAACUGUCUUGUUCGAAUCAACCUUUCUGAGCAAACGGAUGUGACAGACUUGUUUGGGACAGACUUGCCUGUUGAAGGUGGAAAGGGAGGAGAAUUUGCCUGGCGUGAUGGACCACUACUAGCAGCAUUAAAGGCUGGACACUGGAUUGUAUUAGAUGAGCUGAAUCUAGCUUCUCAGUCUGUAUUAGAAGGGCUAAACGCAUGCUUUGACCACAGAGCAGAGAUUUAUGUUCCAGAAUUGGGAAUGAAUUUUCAAGUACAGCACAAGAAGACUAAGAUUUUUGGAUGCCAGAAUCCGUACAGACAAGGAGGUGGAAGAAAGGGUCUGCCCAAGUCCUUUCUUAAUAGAUUUACACAGGUGUAUGUUGAUCCACUGUCCGCAGAAGAUAUGGAGUUUAUUGGGAAUACGCUGUUUCCUGCUAUUGAUAAAUGUAUUAUUGCCAAAAUGGUUGCUUUCAAUAACAAGAUUGACAAAGAAGUAAUGGCUGAAAAAAGGUGGGGACAGAAAGGAGGACCUUGGGAGUUCAACUUACGUGAUCUUUUCCGCUGGUGCCAGCUUAUGCUUGUUGACCAGUCACCAGGAUGUUAUGAUCCAGGCCAGCAUGUAUUUUUGGUAUACGGAGAAAGAAUGAGAACCAGGGAAGACAAAGAAAGGGUUAUAUCUAUAUUUAGAGACAUUUUUGGCCAGGAAGCUAACGUGUAUACAGGAACCAGAGAGUUUCACAUCACUCCGUAUAAUGUUCAGGUUGGUUAUUCAGUUCUUUCUCGUGGCAACUAUAUUCCUCGUCCUGGCAGAAGUCUCUCACUUCUGCAUCAUUCACUGCAGUCCCUCGAGUCUAUAAUGAAAUGUGUGCACAUGAGCUGGAUGGUAAUCCUGGUGGGCCCGGCAGCUGUCGGCAAAACCAGCCUUGUUGAGCUGCUGGCCCAUCUGACUGGCCAUCGACUAAAAAUCAUGGCAAUGAACAGUGCAAUGGAUACAACUGAACUCCUGGGUGGAUUUGAACAGGUUGAUAUCAAUAGGCCAUGGCAGCGCCUGCUGGAAAAAGUGGAGAAUGCUGUGAGCACACUAGUAAGGGACAGUCUUCUCCUGACAGAAAUUUGUGCAGAUGAUGCUGAACUUGUGCUGCGUGCUUGGAGCAAUUUCAUCCUGAACUACAAACCCAAAUCUCUGGGUGAAGGAGGUAGAAGUGUUACAGCUGAAUUAGUGAGCAAACUGGAGGGAAUACUUGUACUGACCCAACGACUAAACAACAAAAUAAAUUCUUACUCAAAGGCAGAGUUUGCUCACCUGGUAGAGGAGUUCCGGCAUUUCAAGCUGCAGCAGGUCCAGGCGGCUGACUGCAACAGCCAUGGCACUUUCGAGUGGGUGGAUGGGAUGUUGGUUCAGGCCUUGCAGUCUGGAGACUGGCUGUUGAUGGACAAUGUUAACUUCUGCAACCCUUCUGUGCUGGACCGCUUGAAUGCUUUACUUGAACCAGGAGGUGUUCUUACCAUGAGCGAGAGAGGUGUGAUAGAUGGCACAAUUCCUACAAUAGCUCCUCAUCCAAACUUCAGACUUUUCCUUUCCAUGGAUCCUGUUCAUGGGGAAAUAUCCAGAGCCAUGCGGAAUCGUGGGAUUGAAAUUUACAUUCCCGGGGAGAACGAUGGAAAUGUAUUGGACAAUUUGGAUUUGAAGUUACUCCUGCAUGGUUUGGGUUUAGUGGGAGAUAGCAUCUGUGAUGCACUUAUGGCUGUGCAUUCAGAAACCAAGGUGGCAAUAGCAGGUUCUGUGUUAUCUUUGUCACCUUUGCUUCAGGCUGCUGCUUUAAUUGUGCAGCAGAUACAGAGAGGCUUUGGAUUAGUGAAGUCGUUUUACAGAGCCUGUUGGGAAGUUUAUGGCCGCUCACAACAACUGCAGAUUAACCAAAAGCUUGUGUUAGAAUUGGUUACGAAGCAUGCUUCAUCUCUGGCUUCCCAUGAAAUUUGGGGUGACUCCCUGCUAGCAGUGGGAUUGUGGCCAGACUCCCUACCUACAGGUCUGUUUGCAGCAGAAGAUUCGCUUCUUUCAACAGUCCGGAGUGAUGCACAGGUCCUCAUGUAUUGUCUGAAUAGACUAAACCUUAAAAACUGCAGGACACUACCACUGACUCUGCAAGAUCUUCAAAAAAUUAUGCAGUCCACUGAUCCUGAGAGUCUCCAAUUCAGUGCUGUUGAGAUAGAUGCAAACUGGAUGGAUAAAAUGGAAGUUCUCCAGGCUUCAGUGAAAUUGUUCAUAGAAAAGGCAACCAAUCAAGAUUGGACAUUGAGAGUUAAAUGGCUUAACUCCUUAGCCAAAAAUCUGCCACAGGUGCUUGAUCCAGUGCGGAUUCAGCUGGAAGCAGGUGCUGUAGCCCUUGGUAGUUUCUAUGCGAGUCCUCUCUCAUCUGGAGUCAGUAACAUGAUCAAGUUGCUGCAGCCAACUAUGACAGAUGAACAUGUAAUGCCUCUGGACCCAAGAUGGAAUAUGCAGUUUUUGGAUAUCAUUAGAAAUUCGAUGAACUUUGAUACAGAAAUGGAACACACAGAUCAGCUACUAAUCCUCUUGAAGUCUGUAGCGAAUCGGGCAGUAUUAUUUCUUGAACGAGAAAAAAGAAGCUACACUGAGAAGAAUUUGAUUACCAGCAAGAAGCCAAGAAAUAGUGUCUUAAGAAUGUCUCUAGAUUUCCGCAAAGAUCCAGGAAGUUACAGCUGCCUUCCUCAUGCAAUUGUGGUCAACCUUGCUGCUUUCUUUGAACUUUGGGAUGCAUUUGCAUUUCACUGGGUGAAGUCUACUCAGGUGGCCUUAAGUGAUGAUGACAUGCAUGAUAUUUUAUACUGCUUGCUGUGGCGUGACCGGUUCUGGGCGGUCUCUGACACUCUGACAGUGGAUUCACCAGGGUUGUCACUUCUGUCUCUGCACUGGCACUGGGUUAUGAAGCAUCUAAUUGACAGAAUUCCUCAGAUGCUUAUUGGAUCAGAUCAGCAUAAGGUUUCCAAGGAAAUUCAAUCUGUUUCACAGCACAUUCAGAGCUGCUUGGCCAAUCCUGCUGGUGUUUCUGCCAGUAUGAAGAUAUUACAGAAGUCUCUAGGAAGACCUCUUCCUUUUAAGGAUAAACUGGGCAUGGAAUGUUUUUCGCAGUUAAAAAUUCUCAGCAAACCACUUAACAUCUUGGAGCUAAGAUUGGCCUUUGGAGAAAGUAGAUUGCAGGAAAAAAUGUGCUGUCUGAAAAUUGCUGCCACUGGAUGGAAGAUGAAGAAAGCAUUGCUGCAAGCUGAUGGCCUGAUAAUUAGAGCCAAUAAUUUAGAAGAUGUUAGUCUGGGUCAACUAAAGAUUUUUUUGAAAGCUGUACAUUCACAACUGAGAGCAGAAGGAGUUAUAUGUAGUCAUUCAGAAGAAAGGUUUACUGAAGAUACCAUCUCCAACCAGUUAGACCCUGCCUUGUUAAACCAGCUCUGCAGUCGGGUUCAGCUGUGGCCUGCAAUGGAAUACAUAGGCAUACUCUGGCAGUACAAACUGACAGCAGAUUAUGUGGCCAAGGCUUGUGCAAGAAG